AGUGUAAAGAUGGUUGCCGCUGUAACUAAGUCAUACCCGGAUCGAUUGAGAACUUUCUGGUUCAUAUGUCCAAUGUUUCAUUGGAAAAACAUCCGUGAAUUAACAUGUUUGUUUGUUACCGUGUGUAUUUUGAUGAGGCAGUCGUUGGCAGACGACCGGGACUUUAUGGAGGACUUUUUGAAGCGGGAAUAUUCUCUGGCAAAGCCAUACCGUGGGUUGGGUUUCUCUAGUUCUUCACAGUGGGAUCUGAUGGGCACUGCUAUGGUUACACCUGACCAUGUGAGGCUGACCCCAGACCUGCAGAGCAGACAGGGAGCUGUGUGGAGUCGAGUUCCUUUCUUCGUGCGGGAUUGGGAGCUUAAGGUGCACUUUAAAAUCCAUGGCCAGGGAAAGAAGAAUUUGAAUGGAGAUGGCAUGGCUAUCUGGUUAACCAAAGAUCGCAUGCAGAAUGGACCUGUGUUUGGCAACAUGAACCAGUUCAUUGGUCUUGGGAUAUUUGUGGACACUUACCCCAAUGCCGACAAGAGCCAUGAUAGGGUUUUCCCGUAUGUAUCAGUGAUGCUGGGGAAUGGGACUCUGUCAUAUAACCAUGAUUAUGAUGGACGACACACUGAGCUUGGAGGUUGUACAGCUAUGACACGCAACGCAAUCUACGACACAUUUCUCCUCAUCAGAUACUCCAAAAACAGGCUCAUGGUCAUGGUGGAUGUAGAUGGCAAGCAGGAAUGGAAAGACUGUGUUGACAUCUUAGGAGUGAGGUUACCUACAGGCUACUUCUUUGGUGCAUCCUCUGCCACUGGAGACCUAUCAGAUAAUCAUGACAUCAUCUCCAUGAAGUUGUACCAGCUGACAGUAGAGAGGACUCCUGAGGAAGAGGAGGAGGAAGAGGUCACUCUCCCUAGAGUUGACAACAUGGAACAGUUCCAAGUGGAAGUGGAAGCAGAGGGGAUGAGUGGAGUCCAGUUCUUCUUCACCCUGCUCUUCUCCAUCCUGGGCCUGGGUGUGCUGGCAGUGCUGUGUGGGGCAUUUGUGGUAGCGUUCGGAGAGUUCCAGAUGAUUCACUCCAAGUUUGCCUCCCUCGUCACCACCUUCUGGCCCAUCUACCCCGCCAAUACUCUGGUGGUCACCGGUACCAUUGUUACCUGUGUGUGCUAUUUGGGAGUGUUAGGAGGCAUGAAGGAGAAUCGCUGCAUGCUCAUCAGUUUUUUCAUUCUGCUGUUCAUCCUGAUGCUGGUGGAGCUGGCCAUGGCCUGCGUGUUCCUAGUCUACAGCAGAGAGAUUGACACAUACUUUGAGAAUGACCUGAUGCGAAGCUUGGAGAUCUACAGACAGUCUAGUCCAGAAAGCAACAAGACCAUUAAAGAGGACUUUGAUGCUGUCCAGCACCUGUUUAGGUGCUGUGGAGUUCAUGGCGUGGCAGACUGGAAGGGUAAUGUGCCAAUCUCCUGUUGUAGCAAGGACCCCUGUAACAACCUCCCUCACACCGACUGGCAAGAGGGUUGUCUUUUGAAACUGAGAAACUGGUUUGCCAGAAACUAUCUCAGCACAGGUGCAGGUGUUGUCACAAUGUUUAUCAUACAGUUUAUUUGUCUGUCUAUCACCAUCCCUCUCUUUUGCCACUUGAGUCGACAUGGACUGGGCUACCAGUGAAAAAAGGCCAACAAAACUGUACCUGCGAUUUACAGUGACUUUAUGCAUGUCAACAGGUUGUUUUUCCCUGCAUUGGCCUUUCAUGAAUCUGUUUUGAAUGCCCAAAAAGUUGAUUUUGCUGCCAUCUCCAUCCAUCAAAAUGGGAACCAACAGUAAAAAAAACAAAACCUAGUUUUUAACCAAGCAUAAGCUGAGGAGGGCAAGCACAGCAUUGCAUGUGAUGUGGUAAACAAAACAGGACACAUUUAAUUAGUAGAUAAGUUAUGACAUGAUUACCCAGUUGAAUGGACUUCAAGAACAGUUUGAACUAGACUUAGACAAACUAGAGUUAGACAAAUCCAACUUGGACAUUUUGAACCCUUACAUUUUUAAUUGUGUUUUCACUUGUUUUAAGCAACUGGAAAGGAAGACAUUUAAACUUUAACUCUGCUUAAUAAACCAGCACACUUGCUGAUUUAAACUUG